AUGGCGCUCGUCUCGGCCGAUUCGCGCAUCGCGGAGCUGCUGGGGGAGCUGCACCAGCCCCCGCCGCUGUGCGGGGCGGUGCCGGCCGCGGGCGAUUACGUGGCCAAGCCCGGGGACAAGGUGGCGGCGCGGGUGAAGGCGCUGGAGGGGGACGAGCAGUGGAUCCUGGCCGAGGUGGUCAGCUACAGCCACGCCGCCAACAAGUACGAGGUGGACGACAUUGACGAGGAAGGCAAAGAGCGCCACACGCUGAGCCGCCGCCGCAUCAUCCCCCUGCCCCAGUGGAAAACCAACCCCGAGACCGACCCCGAGGCGCUCUUCCACAAGGAGCAGCUGGUGCUGGCCCUCUACCCCCAGACCACCUGCUUCUACCGCGCCCUCAUCCACGCCCCGCCCCAGCGCCCCCAGGACGAUUAUUCGGUGCUUUUCGAGGACACCUCCUACGCCGACGGUUACUCCCCGCCCCUCAACGUGGCCCAGCGCUACGUGGUGGCCUGCAAAGAAACCAAAAAAAAGUGAAAAUUUGGGUAAAAACACCCAAAAUUCGGGCAAAACCACCCAAAAUUUGGGUAAAAUCACACAAAUUUUGAGAAGAGCAACAAGGAAUUAGGUAGGGAGAAAAAAAAUGGGGAGAAAAUGGGAUUUGAAAAACAGAAAAUGGAAGAAAAAUUGAUUUUUGGUGUGAAAAAUUAAAGAUUCUUUUGGGUAAAAAUAGGGAUUUUUAUGGGGGGAGUUUGGGGGUUUUUUAGGGUGGAAAAAAUGGGAUUUAUGUGGGGGAGGGAAAGCGAUUUUAAUAUGGAAAGAAUGUGGGGAAAAUUGAUUUUUUGGGAGGAAAAAUUGGGAUUUUUAUAGGGGGAAAUGGGGAAUUUUUAAAAGGGAAAAUUGGGGAUUUUUUGGGAUAAAAUUGGGCAUAUUUUGGGGUAAAAUUGGGAAAUUCAUGGGGAAAAAGAAAGAUAUUUAUGGAGGAAAAAAUUGGUUUUUACAAGGGUGAAUUGUGGACUUUUUUAGGGAAUUACUGGGAUUUAUUUGAGGCGGGAAAAUUUGGGAUUUUUAUGGGAAAUAAUUGGAAAUUUUCAGAUGUAAAUGUGGGAUUUUUGUGGGUAAAAUUGCCACGAAAAGCCUGAAAAUUUGGGGGAAAAUAUCCUAAAAUUUUUUGGGGUGGGGUUGGAGGAUGGAAAGAUCCCAAAAAAUUAUUAUGGGGGGAAAAAACGUGACAAAAAUGUAAAAAAGUAAAAAAAAAUGGGGGGAAAAAAAGGGUUUUUUGGCUCUCAAAAUGGCGGCCAAAAUGGGAGGGGCUAAAGGGAAAUGACGUCAUGGGGCGUGGCCAAAAGCCACACCCCUUAAUUAAUAAUAAGCAAAUUUAUAAUUAAAAACUAUUUUAUUGUAAAUAAAUAAAUUUAAAAUAA